AUGUUUCUUGUUCCAUUGACAAUCAGAAAUAAUUUAAACUUAAUGUCAAGAUUCAAUCCAAGGAAGAGCAGGGCUGUUGUGUUAGACGAUGUGCUGUACUUGUUGCUGUGGAAUAAAGAAUACCUGGAACUGGUCUCUAUUCCUUUAUUGGGACAAUGUGAAGAGCAAUGCUUUGUAAAAGCAAUCUUUGCACUGGAUGCAUCAAUUACUGUGGUAAACAAUACAAUUCGCAUAUAUGCGAUUACAAAAAGCAACUUAUAUUACUUUGGAGACAGACUUGACAUUUUCAAUGAGGUCCCACAUUUGUUUGGAUCUCCAGAGAUUAGCGCAUGGGAUGAAAAUCUGGUUAUAUUCGAUAGAAAUGUGUUCUAUUCAUUCACAGGUGAUGGGUUUAGAAAUCUCCAUAUUUCUCCAUACUUUAAAAGUGUAACAUAUCACACAUGUGGUAAAUCUUCAGGUAUGGAUGUAAUUGUCUACCAAACAAGCAAUUACACAUCGAUAUAUUCAAUCGAUGGCAAACCAGUUCUGGAAAAACAUCCUUUUGUAGGAAGUGUAUUCAUUAACAAUGGGAAACUACUCGUUCAUGAAAGUGGUCAUCCGUUUAUUCAUGAAGUUUCCAAUAGAAUUGAAAUACUCACAAGAAUAAAUACAAACAUCAAGAUAAGCGUAGUCUGGAAGGAAAUGCUUUAUUAUCAAGGAAUGCUUUGUAUCAGUGGAACUACAUCAGGAGGCAAUGUUUUGUAUGUCGAUGGACAUCUGUUUGAUACAAAGGAUUUGGUUCAGUCGUUUUUGGUAUACAGAGACUGCUUUAUUGGAGUUAGUGAGAAUUUUGUUUACUUCUUACCUAAUGACAAGGAUUCUACAAUGAAAUUAUUGAGUAGUGAAGAGAGAUUAUUGAAUAAUGCACUCAGCGGAAGCUUCACACCACACACAUGUAGAAAUUUUGGAUUUACUGAUAUCACAAACAUUAAGAAGCAAAGAACACAUGUAGGACACUUUCUAGCAUUCCUUGUUUAUUGUGGAUUCAAGAUUGAAUGCAGCAAGCUGAUAUGCAACAGUCUUAAUAAGCUGCAAACUAUUGAAAGUUCUGGAAGCCAUGAUCAAGAUAGUGCACAUAAAACGCUCAGAAUGAUAAAGAUUCUGAACGAUAUAGGAAGAUUUGGUUAUAAAGCAUAUAAAGUGUUUGUAGGAAAGUGUAUUGAUACUGAGAGGAUAUACACUAAGGUUACAGAAACAAUAGAUCCUGAAGAUGUCACUGAAGAUAUGCUAAUUGAGAUGUUAGAGUUAUCAUUUAGAAAUAUUGAUUUUCUUGAAAGUCCAAGGUACUUCUUGAUAAAAGGAAAAAAACAGAUGGAGCAAGGAGUGGACUUCAUGAAUGCAUUUUAUAAAUGUAAUGGAAUGUUUGACGACGUGUUGAAUGUUCUAGAGCAAAACGGACGAGCAGUAGAAAUAGUAAUGUUGUGGAAGAAGACAAGAAAUUGCCGUGAAGAAUCUCUCGAGCUGUUAUUCAAAUAUAAGCUUGUUAAUUUUGUAUCUUGCGAAUAUGAAGAUGAAAUAAUCAGUGGUGCCGAUGUUUUAGGGUGCCUGUGUGAAAUUUGGGACAAAAGCAAUAGAAGGGUGGAGAAUGCUAGUUCGAUUGUAAGCUUUAUAGACGGGAGAUAUGAUCUUUUGCAUGGAUAUUUGCUUCCCUGUGGAUUAAGGAUUCUUAUAAGUCCGAUGCUUGUUCAGAUUUUUUUUGAGCAGCAAAUGCAUUUUGAACAGGUUGCUUCAUUUCUAUUAUAUAAUGAGAUGAAGAUUGAAGCAGCAAUGCUGUAUUAUUGCAAAUUUUGCAAAACAGGAGAAACAGAAUUUGCUAAUGGGUUUCUGAGGAAUAUUGAUGAGAAGGUUUUUGUGUAUGAAGGUAAAUUUGUUGGAAAGGAAACUUUUGACAAGCCAUGCAUUCAGAAUAACGAGGACUACAGAAAUAGGAUAUUAGAAAAUAUUGAUAUUGCUACAAAAAUGGAUGAUGGAUGUUUAUGGACCGAUUGCUUGAAGGCAGAGCAAUAUCCAAGUGAAUAUGAAGAGUAUAUGAAGAUUCUGAAUCAAAAGGGAAUAAAAUAG